UUCCCUGUUUAUGACCAACUUGUAACUGACCUAUGAGUCAAGUUCAUUGAUAAAAGGUGAUUUGUGAAUUUUGUUUAGUGUGUGUAUUCCUGUGAGUUUUUGUUACUGUGUACAAAGAUGUGAUAUUGGAAAUGAAGUUAAUACUCAUUUUUUAGUAUGUGAACAAUUUUUAUUGCGUCAAGGAAUUCCCAUAUUUCAUAACCUAACUCCUUCUGACAAAUCAUCAGACUGAUCAUCAGGUGAUGUUGACGCAUGCGUGUUCAGAACCAUCCAACAUGGAAAACGUAACAAACCGCCGUCAUUCUCUUUUGAACUCUUGUGAAGUUAGGUUAAUUUACUCUUACCGGUUAUGCCGUCCGAGAAAUUAGAAGUUGGUUCAAAUUUUCUUAUGAAAAAAUUCAAAAUGGAAACUACCGAAAUUGCACCGAACGAGUCUCAACAAGAGCUGGUUCAAGGAUCUGAAGAAGUUGGUGAGCAACGUGAGAAAACUUUGCGUGAUGUUACUUUUCGCGAGUGGGUUGCAGUUUUUGUAUUAUGUUUUGUCAAUCUUAUAAACUAUAUGGACAGGUUCACAAUAGCAGGAAUACUUGGCGACAUAAAAACAUUUUAUGGCAUACAUAACGGUGAGGCCGGUUUACUUCAAACUGCAUUUGUGCUGAGCUAUAUGAUAUUUGCACCUCUAUUCGGUUAUCUGGGUGACAGGUACAGCAGGCGAUGGAUAAUGGCAGCUGGUGUAUUUUUAUGGAGUUUAACGACACUUUUUGGUUCGUUUAUGGAUAAUUUCUGGUGGUUCAUGCUAUUCAGAGCGCUAGUGGGGAUAGGAGAAGCCAGUUAUUCCACUAUAGCACCCACGAUUAUCAGCGAUUAUUUCGUAGGAGAUGUUCGUUCCAAGAUGUUGGCCCUAUUUUACUUCGCGAUUCCAGUAGGAAGUGGUAUGGGCUACAUUGUAGGAUCAGAAACAGCAAAGGCAGUCGGCCAAUGGCAAUGGGCUUUGAGGGUAACUCCAGCUCUGGGUGUGAUAGCGGUUGCACUGAUUAUUUUCGUGCUAGUUGAUCCAGAAAGAGGACAAAGUGAAUGUAGUGGUCAUAUGGAAGCUACUCCAUGGGUGGAAGAUAUUAAAGAUAUUGUUCAUAAUCGCAGUUUCAUGUUUUCUACGGCUGGAUUUACAUGUGUGGCAUUCGUUGCAGGGGCUCUGGCUUGGUGGGGUCCAUCCUUUAUUGAAAUGGGGAUAAAAUUACAGAGUAGUGAUACUGUUGAUUCUGAGAGUGUGGCUUACAAAUUUGGAAUAAUUUCAAUGGUAUCAGGCUUGAUAGGAGUGCCGUUCGGCAGCUUUUUGGCACAAAGGCUACGUCCCAACUAUCACCGCAUUGAUGCUCACAUCUGUGCUGUUGGUUUGUUGGUGUCCAGCCCACUGGUAUUUUUCGCCUGUUUGACAGCGAGAUACAGCGCUUCACUAUGCUUUUCGCUAGUAUUUUUCGCCGAGUUUUUCCUAAACCUCACUUGGUCCAUUGUCGCUGAUAUAUUAUUGUAUGUUGUUUUACCCACAAGACGGUCAACAGCAGAAGGUUUCCAAUUACUGGUUUCACAUGCUCUAGGAGAUGCUGGCAGCCCGUACUUAAUAGGAGUGUUAUCAGAUGCCUUCAGAAUAGGAAUGAACCCUAUCAAUUCAGAGAAUUCCACAACUGAUGAUACAGACUUGAAUAAGUUCAAGUCCCUGCAAUAUGCAUUAUUUUCAACUUGUUUCGUUGAAGUUAUAGGAGGACUUUUCUUCCUGAUAACAGCUUUUUAUAUAGUUCAUGACAAACGUAAAGUAGAAGAAGCUGUACAUGGAGCAGCUCAUCAAAUCAACACUGAUCGAGAACAACGGCAAAUGGGGAAUAGUUGAAAGUACUUCUAUUAUCUGGCAACUCAAGGCAACUCUUAGUGGAAAAUUCAGCAAAUGACCAACACAUUUCUUGAUUGUUUAUGCGAUGAGAAUUUGUGUAAAGAACUAUUUAUUUGAAUUUUCACCUUACAGAAGACUUCCAUCAUGAGUGUAUCUAUGUUAAUGUCCCCAAUAAAAUUUAUAUUUAUUAUUUAUUAAGAAAAAUCUUGUCAGGAAUUUGUAUAUAUUCAAAAUGUCUUUUUUAACGUUAACCCUAUCAAAUAAUGGGAGUUGUUAUAAAUGGGUGUAAAAAUGAGAGUGUGAAUUUUAUUGAUGUUAAGCUUUAAAUGUCUACAGAAUGAGAGUUCGAUUUUUUAUGUAUUUUUAUGUAAUGUUAUGCCGUUAUAUUACAUAAGCUUUUAGGUUGAAUUCUAAAACUAAAAGUACGUAGUCAGUAUUAAGCAGUCAGUCAUAGAUGUGGAGUAUUAUAGUAACUCAACUAUGAACCUAUGAACCACCCCAUUCCCAUUGAACUAGAUAUGAAUUUAGUCAAUUAUCACAUCGAAAAAAUAUUGCUCAGCAAACUGAAACAUAAUUUAGGAGUAUUCUAAAUGAAAUUUCAAAAAAUGAUACCAGUCAAUAAGAUUAGAGACUUAGACAGAUGACUGUUUAGAUUCCUCAACAAAGUGAGUAUUCUCAACAUGGUCAAUUGUGUGCUCCUAAUGCGGCCGAAUGAUUUAAUAGUAAGGCUAUGGUAAAUAUGAAUUGUAUUGACCACUUUAGUUGAUACCAUUGACACAAACAAUACUUCAGACACAAAAUGCAAUUUGAUAAUUUAUUAAUUUUGUAAAGGAAUUUAGUUAGUUAGUGGUUGGCAUCCAGAGACCAUCAAUCUGUUCAUUCAGCAAAAUUUUUUUCAAAAAAAUGUUUUAUCGAGCGAUUGAAUUGCCUUUGUUCUGAACAUGUUUAACCAAAAUACUUUAUUCCUCUGAUUUCAAAAUGUAGUAACAGUACUUAUACACUGAACAGAUUAUUUUUUAUGCUUUUUUUUGUCUAGAAAUGUAAAACUUCACAGUUUGUUUUGAAUGUAAUUUGUUCAUUUUUUAUAAUUACACCAUUUGAGUCAAAUUGAAGAAUACUCUAUCUAAUAUCUAUCAAAUCUGUUGAAAUUUUUUUAUAUAAUAGAUUGUCACAUGCUGUUUUGAAAAAUGAAUUGAAUUAACUCUGUUCAGGAGAAAAUCAAAAAAAAAGACAAAAAAACACAAUUUCAUGUGCUAAACAUGAAACAAAUAUCUCCGUUUUUUUGUAAGUCUUAUGAAGGAAAUUGAAUUUUAAUCCUUUCGAUGUCCCACACCUACUUCAUUAGGAAAGAUCCCACUGUAAAAAUUCAGUUAGUUCAUAAUAAAUGUUGAAUGUUCGAGGUUCAGAUUUCCAUUGUCUGAAAAUGGUAACAAAUAACCUACGCUCUUUUAUGGCUGACAACCCUCUGAAGUCAAAACUUGUGCGAGCUAAGGAUUUGCGUGUGAUUUGUGACAUAAAAACAAAAAUUCGAGACUAAAAUUUUGAGAUGACUUAAGUCAAAUAUUAACAUAAUAUCCAAAGAUAUUAGAAAGAAGAAAUACCAGAUAUAAAGUAUAAAAAAUGUUGAAAAUUUUAUAGAGGAUAAGAAGAAUUGGUUCUAAGAAACAAUAGACUGCUUUAGAUAUUGCCACGCAAUCUUUAGCAGCUUCUCGAAAAUGUAGCACCCAAUGACUCUGAAGAACUGCUGUCAUCAGAUCAGAUCAGAUAUGAAUCAAGCCGUUGGUGGUCAGAAUUUAGGGAGAACAAAAAGACCACCCAGUAAAGACGACAUCAACAAGUUCGAAAUGAUGGAGCAUGUGUAGACUCACCAAUACAAUGAACUAUUCGUUUGAAGAAUUACUGUUUUUGAAGAAAGUUGAAAAAAUCUGUGUAUGCAUAUCGAAAAAUGAAGGAUUCAGCCACGCCAAAAAACAGGCUUCAGUGCACAUAAGUAAUAACGUAAGAAGAGAAUGGAGGAAAGUAUUUCUAAUUGACUCUUAAGUAACCUUAAAUUAUCAGGAAUGAGUUAGUGAACCAUCGAAAUGUGAAAUAACAGUUUAAAAUUCUUUUCUUAUUUGUUUACCCUCUCCUUUCUUUGCCAUAUUUUUAGACAAUGGAAGUCCGAACCUCUGAAGUAAUAUCUUUAAGUAAUAUGAUUGCUUUGUAUCAGCUGCAGAAAUUAUAUAGAAAUGGUCGUAAUUAAACUAUUUUCACAAACUUUUAUAAAUUCUAGACAUUUUUCCUUAACAACAUAACUUCAUCAGUAGUAAUUGAUAGUACACUCUGAGCUACAAUUUUUAUAUACAACAGUAAGUUACCUCACUUGAUUGGUUAAUAGUAAAUGAGAUAACGGGUAGAAUUUGUGAAACAAAUUACAAUCUCAGUUCUUGGACAGUAGGUACAUUUUGAAUAUGAAUAAAAUUACUGGAAUUAUGAAAAAAGGUUUAACCUCUUGUUAAUCUUUCAAUAGGAAAUUUUCAUGUUUGCCCUUAUUGAUUUCCAGAAACUCCAGCAGGUUCAAUUUCUGUCUGUUAUAUUGUAUAUGUAGUAUGUUGUAGAUAGUGUUGAAAUCUUGAAUGUUCUCUAAAAGGUGGUACACAUAGCUGGAAUGGGUCUUCUGCAGUUCGAAACUUCUUUUACGUUUGGAGAUUCCCGUUUUGAACUGAAGAAGACCAAUUUCAGCUAUGCGUUCCACCUUCUGGAGAACAAACACAAUUUCAACACUAAGAAAUACUACAUUUGAAAAAUAAAGGACAGAAAUUGAACCGUUAUUAAAUCUUUUCUCAUAAUGCCAAUAAUUUUAUUCAUAUUCAAAAUUUACCUACUGUCCAACAGCUGAGAUUGUAAUUUGUUUUACAAAUUCUACCUGUUAUCUCAUUUACUAUUAACCAAUUACGUGAGGUAACUUACUGUUGUAAAUGAGAAUUGUAGUCCAGUGACUGAUGAAGCUACUGUAUUAGCAAAACAUGUCUAGAAUUAAAAAAAAUGUAAAAAUUCUUUAAUUAUUAUCAUGGAUAGUAUCAUUGAUUUUCAUCAAGUAAUGGCUAGUCCUCUCCUAAUAUCAAAAAGUGUUUUCAGAAUUUUUGAAAUUUAUUUUUUUCUCAUUUCAUACUCUGUAUUCAGUCAAAAAUAUCACUUGAAAUUUAACAAGAAGCCACAGAUAUGCGUAUUGCUCAGUGUCAUCUAUUUUCUUGUUCAGUUAGACUGUUAUUUUUCACAUACUGUAGAAAAUAGAAUUGGUACGAGUUGAAGUUAAUUUUACUGAUAUCAGCUGGACAAUUAUUAAGACUGAAAAACUAUACAUAUGGAAAACUGUUUAUGAUGAUCCAUUAAAAGCAAAUUAGAAUGAAGUAUUAGGAUUAAUUUUUUUAUAUAUACAUUGUAUUGAUUGAGUAGUGAACUGAAGUGAAUUAUGUUGCAGGCCACAAAAGUCCUUCCAAAUGACCGCACAUGUAAAAAAUGUUCACCUGUUGAAAUUUUUUAUCACAUUUUGCUUUAAUGUUUUAAAGAAUUUUUGUUUUCAAAUAAUGGAAAGUUUAUCAUCAUAAACAGACAAUUGUGUUGAAUAUAUUUAAUACCUAUUGUAUAAAGUAGUUUUAGUUUUCUUAAUUUCUAUUGCAACUAUGUAUAUUGAUUUUGUUUUUCAUCAAUUUGUGCGAUAGAAAAAAAUAAAGGUAUUAGUAUCCUUUUAA